UUACAAACACCUUUCUGGAAGAAUUCAUAGGGCGAUGCUGUUCAGCUUCCAUCACGGCACCUCCGACACCUCUUACCGCAUUUAGGCCUCUACAGCGAGCAAAAACACUUCUACACCUAAAUUUAUUCCACUGGGUCCUUCCAGUGGAUUUCAGCGUCGUCACACUUUUUCUUUCAGCGGACACUAGCGCCAGUGUUGACACCGAGGCGGAGCCUCUGACCUCGCGCCAGCUGUCCUAAUCAGGUAAGGCGACCGUCAGUCGGGCCUGGGCUUCACCUCGGAGGGCUCGUCGCGGUCGCCGUGAUGAAUCUCGCUUAUGCCGAUUUUACUUUUUGCGCUGCUUGAAAUCUUCCGUUGACGAUAGCCUUUGCGUGUUGAUGGUGGCUUAGCAUGCUACUUUGGAUUCGCGAGAUCGGGUUCUAGGGCUGUGGCUGGCGGAGGAUAAAUAGCAGGCAGAUCCAUGCCCUGCCUUUGUAGUUCAGCUCGCUUCAGCUCUAACCUUCGCCAUUGGACUACCCAAGACUAUCAAUUUUAUUACUUCUCUGUUAAAACUCUUUGUUCUACCUUUACCGCCAAAGAUAUACGGGAAUCCAGAUACCAUUAUAAUGGCCACAACUACAACCACCGCCGAUGCUGGCAUCUACACUGGCGCCGUGCCAGAAGACCACAUCAAGGCUGUCGCAGCAUCGCCCAACCCUCCCUCCAAGCCAGCCAAGCCUGAUUUUGGUCUCGAUUCGCUUUUUGGGCUUGUUGCCUCUGCCAUUGCGGCCCCUCUAUACCUUUAUGCAACCCUCAAGGGCAAAUUCGAAGUAUGGGACGAUGUUCUCAACGCACUGCCCGACUCGACCUUCGCAGACCACCCAGCCAUUGACGUCGGCUGCGGCCGCGGCAUGGUUCUUCUUAAACUUGCGCAACGUAAGAAGCGCAUCGCUGAGGCAGCAGGAAAGGGUUCUGAUUCUAUUCCCUUGGCUUACGGUAUCGACAUCUUUAGCACUGCUGACCAGACUGGCAAUGCGCCAGAGGCCACCUACAAGAAUGCGCUAGCCAUGGAUGUAGUACCGUACACCGUGUUGCAUACUGCAAGUUUCACCGAAACAUUUCCCUUCGAAGACAACACAUUUUCUUUGUUGACAUCCAACCUGGCUAUUCACAAUGCCAAGCGAGAGGGCCGUCUGGAUGCGGUUCGCGAAAUGGCUCGCGUGUGCAUGCCUGGCGGUACUAUGAUCAUUAUCGAUCUCUAUGGCUUCUUCAAGGACCACAAGUCCGUCCUUGUUGAUGAGCUUGGCUGGAAGGAUGUCGAUGUCUCUGUUGUGAGCUGGAAAAUGCUCUACGGCGUAUUACCAUGCCAGAUUCUCAAGGCUACUAAGCCAACCCAAUAGAACAUCUACCACGAUUCAUGUACAAUCAGACACACAUUAUACUGUAUUAAGGCGUUGAAGGAU